AUGGGUUCUCUUUCUAUAAACAAGCUGAAACGGGAGCCCUUGAAGAAGGGAUCGUCUAUCGAUCAUCUCAAAUAUAUCGAUAGCACUCCUAUCAUCGGCCGGGAAUAUCCCACCGCGAAGCUCAAGGACAUACUAAAAGCCCCCAAUGCUGAAGAGCAGCUGCGAGACCUUGCGAUCACCAUCUGCGAGCGCGGCGUAGUAUUCUUCAGAGCCCCCCAAGAUGAUCUUUCUAUCGAGGAGCAGAAGUACAUCACGGACUUGCUUGGCAAACUAACGGGACGACCUCCCGAGAAUGGGCUGCACGUGCACCCCCUGUAUAAUGACCCUAACAAUCUCCCUAUGGCAGACGGUACCACCGACAAGCAGAUCUAUGUUAUCAACUCCGAGGCGGCCAAGAAGUUAUAUGCCACGAUGAAGAACCGUCCCGGCUCAGCUAGCGAGCCUCGAGAUCUGGGUAGGGAAUGGCACAGCGACAGUCUCUUCGAGAACUGUCCCUCAGAUUUCUCCUUCCUCCGCAUGCAAGACACCCCACCUGCCGGCGGGGACACCCUCUGGGUAUCCGGCUACGAGCUCUACGACCGGUUAUCCCCUCCCUACCAGAAAUUCCUCGAAACCCUGACGGCGACUUGCGCGCAGCCCGUCUUCGAGUCUGCCUGCAAGGCCGGCGGGUACGACGUCAUGUCUCCUCGCGGGUCGCCCCUCAACAAGGACUAUGAGUUUUCGCCGUCGCACCCCGUGAUCCGCACGCACCCCGUUACCGGAUGGAAGUCGCUAUUCGCGGGCGUGGGGUUGCACGUCAGUCGGAUUAACGACGUGUAUUCGUAUGAGGACCAGAUGAUCCGCGAUUAUGUGCUGAGGCUUAUUACGCGGAACCAUGAUUGUAUAGCUAGGAUGCACUGGACGAGGGGGGCUUGUGCGAUUUGGAGUAACGUGUGCACUUUGCAUGCUGCUACUCCUGAUACGCAUCUUGUAGAGGGUAUUAGAACAGGUGUACGGGCUUCGGGGACCGGCGAAGUGCCAUAUCUUGACCCGGCGAGCACUGGAAGGAGAGAGGCAUUAGGAAUGCCACAAUUUUGA